AUGGCUGAGCCUGGGGAGACCCAGCUGGUUAUUAUUCAUAGUCAUGGAAAAAGAUGCUUUAAAAAUGGCAUCCCAACCAGGGACCUUCAAUCUUUCCUAAACAGGAAAAGGUUACUUGCAGCAUAUAAUAGCCUUACUGAUAAACACCUGGCUGGAUAUUUUAACAAUACAAGGAUAAGGCGGCAUCUCUUGAGAUCAGGGCUGAUCACAAGAAAUGGGAGGAUACUUUCUGAAAAGGAAUAUAAACUAAAUAUCAUGAAGAGAGAUCACCAAAAAUAUAUCCGGGAGUGCUUAGCCCAGGCUAUUUUCCAUAAGGUUCUUGAUAUGGAGCGUUACCAUCAGCUUGAAAUUAAAAAGAAACUGGAGACAUUAGCUAGGAAGGAGCGAAUUCAGAGAUUUAAGGGAGAGCACACAGGAUGGACUAUAGGAAAUAACAUGCCAAUCCUGUCUCCCCGCCCCCCAGUUGGCCCCAAGACUAACCAUGGCCAUAGUGUUCUGGUUGAUAAACGACAUUCCAGUCCAGUAACACUGACAGCCCCUCGACCAUACACUGCCCCAGGAAAUAUGCAGCCUUCAAUUCGAUUACAACCUCUUCCCAGUAAUCCUGCAGUAGGAACUGCUCCAAAGGUAACUUCGCGGUCCAGAUCAAAAAACUCAUUGCUGGAAAAUGAAGCUCCAUUUCCCAUUGGGGGCAAGAAGGCAACGAUGAAGUUCAGGAACUCCAUGGACAAUUCACAGGGAAUGAAUCGAUAUCAAUUUCCAAAGAUUAACCGUUACAUGAUGCCUAUUCCUCCUCCACUUCCUCCCCCUAAUGGAAAAAUCACAAGGGAAAAUAGACCUGAAACAUGGAGAAGGAGAAGAGUUCAUCCAACCACUGCUCCAAAUGGCUUAGAACCUCUCUUUACCAGGGAUUCAAGAAGGAUUCACAAAACACCACUGCAUAGUAAUGCAGCUAUUACAAUGAUCUAUUUGGGGAAAAAUGUGCACCUAGCCUAUGAUCACUCAUAUUUCCGGGAUGAAAUAAAAGUUUAUCAGCAGCACUGUGGUGGGGAAAACCUGUGUGUCUUCACAGGCAAACUACUUGAAAAAGAGACCUUUCAGUUUAUUUCCAAAAGGCACCACGGUUUCCCCUUCAGUCUCACCUUUUUCCUGAACGGGAUACAGGUGAACAGGUUAAGUUCCUGCUGCGAAUAUAAGCAUCGAAAAGGUUCCAGACUUGGAGGCAAACGAGGCUACUUUGGGUUUGUGUGUGUUGAGAGAUCAUCUCCUUGCUACAAGUGCAUUAUUGCAAUGGGCCUUGACAAAAAAACAACUUCACCAAAACCUAGGAAAGAAAAGAGUAUUGAGAGAAGAGAGGGAUUGAUGAAGGGUGAGGGGAAACUGAGGAAGGAUAGAGAGUACCUGAUACCAAGAAGGAGAGAGAUGGAGGGGAGCAAAACCUCAGCUUCAGCCAUUUUUUCAGCUCAAGAACUACAUACAGGGAUCGGCGAAGUGAGAACUGCUGUCGAAGAAAUGGAACGUAAAGAAAAGCCAGGACAAGAAGUCUGGGAAGAUGACCAAGAAAACAUAUUUAAAUAUGAAUAUGAAGAAGAUUUCGAAGCAGUUGAGGAGAAACAAGAUGAGAAAGCUAAUGAAGGACAGGCUGAUGAUCCAAUGAAUGGAAUGCCAAAGUCACCCUCAGAUGGUGAAAAAGAUCUUUUAGACCCUGAAAAGGAGAGUGAAACCUCAUUGUGGAAGACUUCAGAUGCUGAUGACAAUGUGAAAGAUGAGGUUGAUGGAUGCUCUGAGAGUGAAUUGGAAGAGGAUAAACAUGAUAUAAGAACUGCUUCAUCAACCUCAUCCAAAAGUCACUCAUAUUCUAGUUGCAGUGAAGAUGAAUCUGCACUGGGGGACAGGGAAGCCCACGCUGAAAACAGUCCAAAUGAAAGUGUCCGAAGUCCAUCUUCUCAGGAGUUGAGUGAAAAUGAUGAGGCAGGAAAAACCCACUUUCCAAUUGAGAAUUCUCUAGAAAUUGAAAUUGAAGACCAAGAAAUAAUAAAAGCAGAUGUGAAGAUCAAGCCUCUGCCAAUAGAGGAAAACUUGGAGAAUGUUCUUGAAGAGGAAGCAGAGAAAGGAACCCGAGUGAUUGCAGAGGACUUAUCUGAGAAGUCCAGGGAACAUGAUUCCAAGGAAGACAAGGAAAAGAGUAAGAGUAACCUUUGGGAAGGAAGCACUGCUAAGGUGAAGGACAAAAAGGCAGGUCCCCGUAGGAUGGAUAAAGAUGUUGGACAGGUAGUAGCUGAAGAUGUGGGUCCUGGCUUCCACUGCCACUAUGACUCUGAGUCUGGUGUUAGCAGUGCAGACAGAGGAGAGAAGCACUCAAGGAAGGUGGAGAUUGACACAGGUGCAGCACCGAAUAGGAAUUUAGUGGUGGAGGAAAGGGCAGCACUCAGCUCAAACAAGGAAUCCAAGGAAGUUGCAUCAGAAGAGCAUACACUGGAGAAGAAAGAAGCAGUGGAUGAAGAUGAAGGUCCCCAACAUAGGGAUGCUGACACAGAAGAAAAAGGGGAUGCAGCACCGUGGGGAAAAGCAGGGGUUAAUGAGGUUCCCUUGGGGCAGUGGAAGCCAACAGUAGAGCAGCCGGCAAUAGUAGGACAGUUUACAGAGGAAAGAAAGAUCCCUCAGGGCGUAGUAAGUGGGGCAGAGGCAGAAGCAGAAGGGGAUAGAAGGCAACAAAAAGAGGGGUUAGACCCCAGAGGACGAGAAGCAGAAAGAGAUUCUGGAGGUCUGAAUGAAGGCGAGGCUUCUGAGGAGCAGGCCUUGGAGCAAACGGUGCUGGAGACGGAGACGGUGGCUUCUGACGAGGAGCAGGGUGAGGAGAAGGCGGUGCUUACAAGCCAGGCAGCAGCCCUGAAAGAGGCGGCGAGGCCGGAGAAGGGAGGGUCUGAGGGAGCGGCUGUGAGCGAGGCCGGGUCUGCAAAGCCAGGUGUGGAGGACAGUGAGGGGGAAGCAUCCACAGACCUAGAGGACGUGGGACCCGGAGAAGCUACACCCGAGAGAGAGGAGGGUGUAGAAGAGGCCAUCCGGCGGGGAGAGGCGCCAGCCAAGGAGAGGGUGGCAGUUCUGGAAAGGGAAACGCCCUUGAGCUCCUGGACUUCUGUGAAGGCCCAGGCAACUCGGACGGGGGUUUUGGAGGACAGCCUUGAAGAACUUCGUAAGGACCCUGUGGAAAGGGAGGAGGUUGAAAUAGAGUCAGAGUCUAAGAAGGAAGAUGACAGGAAAGAAAUGUCACCUGAGGAGUCAGAUGCAGCACGCGAGAGAAGGAAAGCUGAGAGGCCAAAGACACCUGUGGGGGAAACCGGAUCUGAGAGGGAAGCGGUGACAAGGACAAAGGCGCUUCAGGAUGAAGACCCUUUAGAAGAAGAGCAAAAGUUGAAAGAGGAAGAGAGGGAACUCAUGAAGGAAGUAAGACCCGAGGAAGAGACACAAGCCCCCCAAAAUGACAUGGGGCACGGUGCUGAGGAUGAAGCAGCCGUGCGGGCGUCUGAACUGACUGAAGACGCAGGGCCGCAAGGAGAGGAUCCACUGAGAGAGCGAGAGGUGACCAUGUCUGAAGCAUCCCCUGGAUUUGAAAAUUCCCUGGAAAACAUAACGGUUUGGGGGAAAGAAGGAGGAGAAAGACCGAGAGAAGCUGGAGACGCAGGGCCCAGAGGCAGAGCAGGGCUGCGCCUCGGGGAGAACAUGGCCCCCGCACAGCAGGACGAGGGCCCGAGCCCUGCAGGAGGGGCGAUGUCAGGAGCCCCCGAAAGCGAGCCCUCGGGGAAGGCACAGACACCCGGGGCUGCCGGCGAGGCCCGGGAGCAUGCAGCCAAACAUCAAGGCAGCCUGAUGGGCUGGGAGGGGAGGGAUAAAGAAGGGCCUUUACAGGGGCCACAGGGAGUGGCUGUCCCAGCCAGGAUCCAAGAAGAUGUUCCCGAGGAAGACUCCACCAUGGCAGGAAAAUUGAGUGAAGAAGUGGUGGAUGAGGACCCAGAGGAGGAGGUGGAUGAAGAGUGCACUCUGGGGGUAGGGCUGAUGAAGAACGGGGACACCGAGGGAGACAGGGGCUCGCGGGGCGUGGUUGUAGCUGGGGAAGGUCGCCACCAAGGAGGAGGAGGGACAGAACCAGUCGCAGAGCAGGAGGCAUUGACAGGUUCAAAGACAGCUGGGGGGCAAACAGAAGCGCAUGAAGCCUCCUCCCUCUCAGAUGUGGCUGGGGAGGAAAACUGGCACAGAGUGGAUGAGACACGAGGAGAAAUGGCAGCUGCACACAAGGUGGCUGUAGAGGAAACAGCGCUGAGCGGGGAGGAGGCGACAGUGACUUGGGAGACGGAGACUGAGGUCGAGGUUCCAGGGCAACCUUCUGACCUGGAAGGGAGGGCCCCACCGCCAGGGCCGGCUCAAGGGGAAGGGGAAGCUAAACCCACACAGGAGGUGGAGUCCGUGAGGAGGGGCAGGAGUCGGGGGCAGCUGAAGAAUUCAGACUGGGAUUAUCCCAAGAGAGAGGGUCAGAGCCCAGGAGAGAGAGUGCGCGGGACGCAGGAACACUCCCUGGAAAGCCCGAUUGCACUGGGACCCAGGAGAAGCGAGAGCAUGCAGUGCGCAGAGGAAGUGAAGACCCAGAUGUUCCGCUGA